UGAGUGGAAGAACAGUUUUGAUGAUGAUGAUGAUGAUGAUGAUGAUGAUGAUGAUGAUGAUGAUGAUGAUGAUGAUGAUGAUGAUGAUGAUGAUGAUGAUGAUGAUGAUGAUGAUGAUGAUGAUGAUGAUGAUGAUGAUGAUGAUGAUGAUGAUGAUGAUGAUGAUGAUGAUGAUGAUGAUGAUGAUGAUGAUGAUGAUGAUGAUGAUGAUGAUGAUGAUGAUGAUGAUGAUGAUGAUGAUGAUGAUGAUGAUGAUGAUGAUGAUGAUGAUGAUGAUGAUGAUGAUGAUGAUGAUGAUGAUGAUGAUGAUGAUGAUGAUGAUGAUGAUGAUGAUGAUGAUGAUGAUGAUGAUGAUGAUGAUGAUGAUGAUGAUGAUGAUGAUGAUGAUGAUGAUGAUGAUGAUGAUGAUGAUGAUGAUGAUGAUGAUGAUGAUGAUGAUGAUGAUGAUGAUGAUGAUGAUGAUGAUGAUGAUGAUGAUGAUGAUGAUGAUGAUGAUGAUGAUGAUGAUGAUGAUGAUGAUGAUGAUGAUGAUGAUGAUGAUGAUGAUGAUGAUGAUGAUGAUGAUGAUGAUGAUGAUGAUGAUGAUGAUGAUGAUGAUGAUGAUGAUGAUGAUGAUGAUGAUGAUGAUGAUGAUGAUGAUGAUGAUGAUGAUGAUGAUGAUGAUGAUGAUGAUGAUGAUGAUGAUGAUGAUGAUGAUGAUGAUGAUGAUGAUGAUGAUGAUGAUGAUGAUGAUGAUGAUGAUGAUGAUGAUGAUGAUGAUGAUGAUGAUGAUGAUGAUGAUGAUGAUGAUGAUGAUGAUGAUGAUGAUGAUGAUGAUGAUGAUGAUGAUGAUGAUGAUGAUGAUGAUGAUGAUGAUGAUGAUGAUGAUGAUGAUGAUGAUGAUGAUGAUGAUGAUGAUGAUGAUGAUGAUGAUGAUGAUGAUGAUGAUGAUGAUGAUGAUGAUGAUGAUGAUGAUGAUGAUGAUGAUGAUGAUGAUGAUGAUGAUGAUGAUGAUGAUGAUGAUGAUGAUGAUGAUGAUGAUGAUGAUGAUGAUGAUGAUGAUGAUGAUGAUGAUGAUGAUGAUGAUGAUGAUGAUGAUGAUGAUGAUGAUGAUGAUGAUGAUGAUGAUGAUGAUGAUGAUGAUGAUGAUGAUGAUGAUGAUGAUGAUGAUGAUGAUGAUGAUGAUGAUGAUGAUGAUGAUGAUGAUGAUGAUGAUGAUGAUGAUGAUGAUGAUGAUGAUGAUGAUGAUGAUGAUGAUGAUGAUGAUGAUGAUGAUGAUGAUGAUGAUGAUGAUGAUGAUGAUGAUGAUGAUGAUGAUGAUGAUGAUGAUGAUGAUGAUGAUGAUGAUGAUGAUGAUGAUGAUGAUGAUGAUGAUGAUGAUGAUGAUGAUGAUGAUGAUGAUGAUGAUGAUGAUGAUGAUGAUGAUGAUGAUGAUGAUGAUGAUGAUGAUGAUGAUGAUGAUGAUGAUGAUGAUGAUGAUGAUGAUGAUGAUGAUGAUGAUGAUGAUGAUGAUGAUGAUGAUGAUGAUGAUGAUGAUGAUGAUGAUGAUGAUGAUGAUGAUGAUGAUGAUGAUGAUGAUGAUGAUGAUGAUGAUGAUGAUGAUGAUGAUGAUGAUGAUGAUGAUGAUGAUGAUGAUGAUGAUGAUGAUGAUGAUGAUGAUGAUGAUGAUGAUGAUGAUGAUGAUGAUGAUGAUGAUGAUGAUGAUGAUGAUGAUGAUGAUGAUGAUGAUGAUGAUGAUGAUGAUGAUGAUGAUGAUGAUGAUGAUGAUGAUGAUGAUGAUGAUGAUGAUGAUGAUGAUGAUGAUGAUGAUGAUGAUGAUGAUGAUGAUGAUGAUGAUGAUGAUGAUGAUGAUGAUGAUGAUGAUGAUGAUGAUGAUGAUGAUGAUGAUGAUGAUGAUGAUGAUGAUGAUGAUGAUGAUGAUGAUGAUGAUGAUGAUGAUGAUGAUGAUGAUGAUGAUGAUGAUGAUGAUGAUGAUGAUGAUGAUGAUGAUGAUGAUGAUGAUGAUGAUGAUGAUGAUGAUGAUGAUGAUGAUGAUGAUGAUGAUGAUGAUGAUGAUGAUGAUGAUGAUGAUGAUGAUGAUGAUGAUGAUGAUGAUGAUGAUGAUGAUGAUGAUGAUGAUGAUGAUGAUGAUGAUGAUGAUGAUGAUGAUGAUGAUGAUGAUGAUGAUGAUGAUGAUGAUGAUGAUGAUGAUGAUGAUGAUGAUGAUGAUGAUGAUGAUGAUGAUGAUGAUGAUGAUGAUGAUGAUGAUGAUGAUGAUGAUGAUGAUGAUGAUGAUGAUGAUGAUGAUGAUGAUGAUGAUGAUGAUGAUGAUGAUGAUGAUGAUGAUGAUGAUGAUGAUGAUGAUGAUGAUGAUGAUGAUGAUGAUGAUGAUGAUGAUGAUGAUGAUGAUGAUGAUGAUGAUGAUGAUGAUGAUGAUGAUGAUGAUGAUGAUGAUGAUGAUGAUGAUGAUGAUGAUGAUGAUGAUGAUGAUGAUGAUAUGAUGAUGAUGAUGAUGAUGAUGAUGAUGAUGAUGAUGAUGAUGAUGAUGAUGAUGAUGAUGAUGAUGAUGAUGAUGAUGAUGAUGAUGAUGAUGAUGAUGAUGAUGAUGAUGAUGAUGAUGAUGAUGAUGAUGAUGAUGAUGAUGAUGAUGAUGAUGAUGAUGAUGAUGAUGAUGAUGAUGAUGAUGAUGAUGAUGAUGAUGAUGAUGAUGAUGAUGAUGAUGAUGAUGAUGAUGAUGAUGAUGAUGAUGAUGAUGAUGAUGAUGAUGAUGAUGAUGAUGAUGAUGAUGAUGAUGAUGAUGAUGAUGAUGAUGAUGAUGAUGAUGAUGAUGAUGAUGAUGAUGAUGAUGAUGAUGAUGAUGAUGAUGAUGAUGAUGAUGAUGAUGAUGAUGAUGAUGAUGAUGAUGAUGAUGAUGAUGAUGAUGAUGAUGAUGAUGAUGAUGAUGAUGAUGAUGAUGAUGAUGAUGAUGAUGAUGAUGAUGAUGAUGAUGAUGAUGAUGAUGAUGAUGAUGAUGAUGAUGAUGAUGAUGAUGAUGAUGAUGAUGAUGAUGAUGAUGAUGAUGAUGAUGAUGAUGAUGAUGAUGAUGAUGAUGAUGAUGAUGAUGAUGAUGAUGAUGAUGAUGAUGAUGAUGAUGAUGAUGAUGAUGAUGAUGAUGAUGAUGAUGAUGAUGAUGAUGAUGAUGAUGAUGAUGAUGAUGAUGAUGAUGAUGAUGAUGAUGAUGAUGAUGAUGAUGAUGAUGAUGAUGAUGAUGAUGAUGAUGAUGAUGAUGAUGAUGAUGAUGAUGAUGAUGAUGAUGAUGAUGAUGAUGAUGAUGAUGAUGAUGAUGAUGAUGAUGAUGAUGAUGAUGAUGAUGAUGAUGAUGAUGAUGAUGAUGAUGAUGAUGAUGAUGAUGAUGAUGAUGAUGAUGAUGAUGAUGAUGAUGAUGAUGAUGAUGAUGAUGAUGAUGAUGAUGAUGAUGAUGAUGAUGAUGAUGAUGAUGAUGAUGAUGAUGAUGAUGAUGAUGAUGAUGAUGAUGAUGAUGAUGAUGAUGAUGAUGAUGAUGAUGAUGAUGAUGAUGAUGAUGAUGAUGAUGAUGAUGAUGAUGAUGAUGAUGAUGAUGAUGAUGAUGAUGAUGAUGAUGAUGAUGAUGAUGAUGAUGAUGAUGAUGAUGAUGAUGAUGAUGAUGAUGAUGAUGAUGAUGAUGAUGAUGAUGAUGAUGAUGAUGAUGAUGAUGAUGAUGAUGAUGAUGAUGAUGAUGAUGAUGAUGAUGAUGAUGAUGAUGAUGAUGAUGAUGAUGAUGAUGAUGAUGAUGAUGAUGAUGAUGAUGAUGAUGAUGAUGAUGAUGAUGAUGAUGAUGAUGAUGAUGAUGAUGAUGAUGAUGAUGAUGAUGAUGAUGAUGAUGAUGAUGAUGAUGAUGAUGAUGAUGAUGAUGAUGAUGAUGAUGAUGAUGAUGAUGAUGAUGAUGAUGAUGAUGAUGAUGAUGAUGAUGAUGAUGAUGAUGAUGAUGAUGAUGAUGAUGAUGAUGAUGAUGAUGAUGAUGAUGAUGAUGAUGAUGAUGAUGAUGAUGAUGAUGAUGAUGAUGAUGAUGAUGAUGAUGAUGAUGAUGAUGAUGAUGAUGAUGAUGAUGAUGAUGAUGAUGAUGAUGAUGAUGAUGAUGAUGAUGAUGAUGAUGAUGAUGAUGAUGAUGAUGAUGAUGAUGAUGAUGAUGAUGAUGAUGAUGAUGAUGAUGAUGAUGAUGAUGAUGAUGAUGAUGAUGAUGAUGAUGAUGAUGAUGAUGAUGAUGAUGAUGAUGAUGAUGAUGAUGAUGAUGAUGAUGAUGAUGAUGAUGAUGAUGAUGAUGAUGAUGAUGAUGAUGAUGAUGAUGAUGAUGAUGAUGAUGAUGAUGAUGAUGAUGAUGAUGAUGAUGAUGAUGAUGAUGAUGAUGAUGAUGAUGAUGAUGAUGAUGAUGAUGAUGAUGAUGAUGAUGAUGAUGAUGAUGAUGAUGAUGAUGAUGAUGAUGAUGAUGAUGAUGAUGAUGUGA